AUGGCGCCUGGAGAGUCGGAUGUCUUUAUUCCUGGGGAAUUUGCCCCUCACCGGCCAAUUUUUCAUAUCGGCUACCACAAUUCGGAGAGAAAUGCGCCCCCCACUGAUAUCCAGUACGGCAAUCUGCUCAAUCAGGGUUUCAACUUUGUGACGACCCCUCUGACCAAUGACCAUUUCCGUGAGAGAGUGUUCCGUCUCGUUCAAGACCAUCUCGCUAUACUCAAGGACUCCGGAGAUGAUGGGUCAAGCAAUUUCACAACUCCAGGGGCAGAUCCUAUUCUGCCUCCCCUCACACCCCAGGAUACCAGCGUCUUCCCCAGUGCUGCAGUCAACACUUAUACAGGCUACAUCAGCCCCUGGAUCGACCCGUGCUCACCGAACCGGAUCAUCUCCAGCAUCUCUCGCCAGGUUUUGAACCUUGAGAUCAACUACGCCAACUUUUGUGGAAUCCGAAGCUUGAUUCUUCCGGGCCCGACAAGAGAUGCGUCAAAGGAUGGUGGUAUACAAGGCCUAGCGCAGUACUCUCGGGCUGUUCAGGAAGCUCUAACUAUUGGCAGCCGACUCACCUUCUUGGUUCACAUGCCCAUGUAUCGCGAACCACUCGCAGGCCUAGAAGUCCGUACACUAUCGUCGGUUUUGGGGGCAACCCCGCCUCGGGAAGCCGGCAAGGAGAUUGAUCUCUAUACCGCCUGGGAUUCCUGGAACCACAUUCGUAGUGUUUGCGAUUAUGACAUGCGGCUCUUUGUGGCACUACGCAUUCCCAAGGUCAUGCCCGAGAUGGCUCUUCAAAACCGCUGGUUUGCUGAACCUUUGCACUAUCUGACCAUCGGACCUGAAUCGUUCCAAUUCAACAAACCUGGGUAUCCGAGCUUGUCGAAACAUCACCAGAACAUGAUUUUCACUUACAUGAGACUCAAGAACACGCCAUGGCUACUACUUUCUGACCUGGGCUCUGAUGGUCAAGGAACGUCUGAACAGCCAGAUACCAAGUCCCAUGACCAGUUCCCAAGCCUCGCUGAGGCUGGCGACAAGGUUGUUAAGCGUUCUGCGUCUACAAAUGAUUACCUAUCAUAUGUAAGAUGGCUUGAAAUGCAGCAAACCCCACUUCCGGCGCUCGAGUCAAACACAUUGACUAGCUUCCAAGACUGGCUACAAUCACCAUUGCAGCCCCUAGCCGACAAUCUAGAGUCCGCAACUUAUGAGGUUUUUGAGGGUGACCCUGUAAAAUACAACCAGUACGAAGCCGCGUGUAUCGAAGCUUUGUCAGAGUGGAAGGAACUUGGAAAGCCGACAUCCAAGGAAGGAGUUGUGGUUAUCGCUGUGGCUGGUUCCGGGCGAGGGCCACUGGUAACCCGCGCCCUGACAGCUGCUGAGUUUACGGGAGUCCCCGUGGAAGUCUGGGCCGUGGAGAAGAACCCGAAUGCCUAUGUCUACCUUCUACGCCAAAAUGAAGCCAUCUGGGGCGGGCGGGUGAAAGUUGUCAAGACGGACAUGCGAGCUUGGAAAGGCCCUGUCCUCUCAGAGUCUCCGGAGACCGGGCCAGUCUACGGAAAGGUCGAUAUUCUUAUUUCGGAGCUUUUGGGUUCCUUUGCCGACAACGAGCUGUCUCCCGAAUGCCUGGAUGGAAUCCAGCAUGUGAUGGCUAAGCCUCAUGGCAUUUCUAUCCCUAGCUCAUACACCGCUCACCUGAGCCCAAUUGCGACACCUAAACUCUAUGCUGACAUCUUGUCUCGAUACCCCACCGAGUCUACAGCAUUCGAUACGCCUUGGGUUGUCCGACUUUUCGCCAUCGACUUUGUCUCCCAGAGAGUCCCGGGGCACGAGCAAAUCCAACAAGCGUGGGAGUUCGUACACCCUAUCCCGGAGUCAACUUUGAAGGGGAUUGAGGCAAGACGAUCUGGUGGGGUCGUUGGCGGGGGCGGUGGCAGUAUGGCUGGCGCAGCGGGAGCCAACGACCAUAACUCACGAUUCUGCCACCUCACCUUUGUCUGCCGCACCCGUGGCGUAGUGCAUGGGCUGGCAGGUUACUUUGAGUCCACCUUAUAUGAAUCUCAACUAGCGUCUGCCAAGGGGCAGAAGGUUGAGAUCAGUACACACCCUGAGCGAAUCGAUGACAAGAGCAAGGACAUGAUUUCAUGGUUCCCUAUUUUCUUCCCACUGAAGCAACCUCUUUAUUUCCCAGCCGAUUCGGAACUUGAAGUAAGCAUGUGGAGACAGACGGAUGAUACAAAAGUGUGGUACGAAUGGCUUGUGGAAGCCUGGAUGUGGGUUGGGGAAUCAAACCGAAUUAAGGUUGGCUCGUCGGCCCUGUGCACCAGUCGCAAAGUUGCAUGCUUGAUGUAG